AUGCAGAAAGUGCCGGGCACAGUGUCGGACGGGCAUGUCGGUGCCGGCGUGCUUUCCGCGACGUCGUUCGGGUGGGUAGCGAAACAGAUCGACCAUCUGACAGGCGAGAAGGGUCGUAGUGGGGUGAGCAUCGAGAGCGUCGGGAUGAAGGGGCUGAAGGCUUUGCGCGACAGCAUGGUUGAGUACGUCGGCAAGGUCAUUGCCGUAAAACGCACCGCGGCGCCGACUUCUCAAGCCGCCGGACCCGCCGACAGUGCCAUUGAUGACGACGGCGCGGAAGGACAGAAGGCGCCCCAAGGUGCAGUUGCCGCCCAGCAUCAGGGGAACGCGAGGGUGCAUGGGGAAGGUGGAAACGGUGGAGGAGGCGACGCAGAGGCAGGUGCAGGAAGGUUGGAAAUGGAGAAGUCGUCAUCGUCGUCUGAGUCGGAGUCGGAGUCGGAGGAGGAAGACGAGGCGGUGAAGCGUAAGGAUGAGGACGAGGAGGAGGAGGAGGAGGAGGAGGAUGAGGAGGAGGAGGAGGAGGAGGAGGAGGAGGAGGAGGAGAAUAAGGACGAGAAUGGUGAGAAGUGGGAGGGAGGGAAAGAUGAGGAGGGGGGGGAUGAAGAGGUGGAGCUCGUGGUGGAGUAUGUAGAGGGUACGGUUGAGGCGGGAGCGGCGGAAGAGGCGGUGGGGUCGGCAGAUCAGGGGAAUGAGGAAGAGAAGGAUGACGGCGCGGGAAAUGCUACGAGGUCGGCAGAUGUGGGGAAGGAGAAGGGCGAGGUCGGCGUGGAGGCAACGACGGGAAAUGGGCAGGAUGAGGCGGCCUGCGAGGGAGGUGGGAAGGUGUCGGUCGACGCCGGCGAAGGGGCGAACAACGCGGGCGUGCAGGAGACCGGGGAAGCACCUGGUCGGCAGGGCCCUGAACUGGACGACGUUGAGGAGCUGCGACGGGAGAACUGGUUGUUGCGGGCGGAGAACGCUCGGCUGGCGACGUUGCUCGAUGCGGAGCGGGCUCGGCUGGACAGGUUUUUAGUUGGGGUCAGUGGACUCGUCGACCAUGUUAAAGGGUUGGCCGAGCAGGUCGACGACACCGAGAAGUAUGCCGCGGAACAGCUGCGAAACGCAACGGAGGCCAUGUCGAAGACCAUCACGGGCAACAUCACCGGCAGCUUUGACGAAGCGUGGAAGUCGAUGAAGACAUUCGCGGAACAGGCGACGGAGUGGUUGGAGGACUUCGACAAUCCGGAGGGUCGUGUCGCGUAUGCACGGACGUUAGCGGUCUCCGCCUUGGCCGAACACGUAGAUUCGGUGGUGGGCGAUGCGAAGAAGGGGUUGGAAGAGUACGUCUCGAACCACCUUGCCUCCGCGCAGGUCAACAUCGCCACCGCUGUGACCGCCAGGCUCGCCGUGCCGCCGCCGCCACCGCCUCAUCCCACGCCGCCCGCCAUCCCGGAAGAGCUUUUGAAGUCGUUCAAGGCCGACAUCAUGAAGGCGGUGACGGAGGCCACCCAGCAGUCUUUCGUUGCUUCCGGGAUGAAGAUGAUGACAGAGAUGAUCGGCACUGUGGCGCCAGGUCGACGUGGGUCGUCGCCUUCGGCCAAUGACGCCGAUAACGCGCAAAGAAAAACGGCCGAGAAGCAGGGCCAUAAGAGGACGGGCGACGGAGACGACAAGGAGAGCUCGAAGCGGAGCAAGGGAGCGGACGGUAGCCGCGGGUCGAAGCCUGCGCAACAGAGCGUGGUCGACCAGCUGAAGACGAAGGCGGGGUGGAAGGUGGUAAGGACGUCGCACAGCAAGGGAGGCGGAAGCGGGGGAGCAGAGGGUGGCCCUGCCGACGGGGUUGCCGCUAACGUAGCUGCUCCGACUGGCCCGCCUUUGGUCGCCGAGCAGACCCAUCCUCAGGCGAGCGGUGGGAAAGGCGUGACCGACAAGGAGGUGCCAACUACUCAGGCGGCGAAUGAUGGCGACUCCGGAACCACCAAGGGACCGUCCGUCGCGGCGGCGGCCAAGCCUGCUUCUGCUACGGUUGCCGGCACCACCAAGUCGAGUCCCCGUAACCCCCUUGCGGCUACCAGCGCGCCUGCCGGCCAGUCAGGUGCGAACAAAGAUGGGGAGGCUGCUCCAGCUCCAGCAGCCCCGGCUGCCGCCAAGGGCGUCGCGAAGGCUGCUUCGGCUAAGGGUGAUGCCGUGGCAUCAGCUAAGGCCCCCCCCGGUGGUACCGCGCUCAGGGAGAUGCUCCGCCGCAUGGAGGCACAUAGCAGGGACGUGCAGCAGCAUCCCGUGGUCGACGCCGGCCUUCCUGGAACAGCACGUCGCUCCGUCACUACGCAGGUUGCCGGCAAGUCGUCCGGUGCCCCACCUGCCGCGCCUCCGGUGGCCGCCCCACCGCCUGCGGACCCCAAGUCCGCUUUUCUUCGCGCCCAUUUAGGCGCACGCAAAGCGGCUACUCCGUCAGUGACCCUGCCGGAACUCGGCAAAAGCGCGACGCCGACGUCGGUAAACGCGACCGCACCCACACCAGGUGCAUCUGUGGUCGAUGUGGCGGCGGAGAAGGGAGUGAGUGCAGCGCUCGCCACCGGCGGCCGCGCAGACAAGCAUGCCGACCUCGCUGUCGUCAUGGCCCAUUUUGAGGCAGCAAAGCGCCCCGAGCACGCCCCUGUUAUGGCCAUCAUGGACACGGCGCAUGCUGGCGACGGGCAAGGGUGGGUGGGCGAGAUUAAGGUAAACGGACAGAAUCGGUACAUCGGCAAGUCGAGGGAGAAGAUGGAGCUGGCCUACGAGCACGCGAUUGCGUUCGUCGUCUACGACGGCUACGUGAGCAAGGUGCUCAUGAAGGAGCUCACCGUCUUGAAGCCGGGGGAGUUGGAUAAAUGGAAGGAGGUGUGGGCGGAGGUCAAGUUCUUGCCGACGGGGAUGUGGACGGUGAUGUGGGCAAGAGGCUUGUGCCAUCCGAGAGCACGGUUCGACGACAUACUCGGCAGGAAAUGUGGGUACGCGAGUUCGGGUGAUGCGCUUCAUGACGUGCUCUGGCCGGCGAUCUGGUUCCCCAUCAUCGAGGACACGGAGGAAGGCAAGGAAGAGACGGACGCUCUCAUGUCGGCGAUGGUAAAUCGCGUGUCGAUGUGCGCGGCGUAUGGGAAGGUCGCGGCGAGCGCGGCGUUUGGGAAGGUCGAUGCGAGCGUGGAGGGGAAGGCGGACGAGAAGACGGAGAUGGGGGCCCAGGCGUUAGCGGCAUCGGCAUGCGCCAUCUGGUGCUUCUUGGAGACGGGGGCGUCGGUGCUCGGUGCUGUGGGCGAAGGGAAGGCGGCGGCGAUGGUGGCAGGUGCGGGGGAGGCGAGGGCCGAGGACUUCAAGGAGGUGAUGCACGCGGUGAUCGACAUAGCACGCAGUAGGCAGGCUCCCGCUGGGGAGGUUGCACAUAACGUCGCGCCAUCGCUGCAGAGCCAGGCAGUGGCCAGGGCCUUCGCGAAGGGAGUUGAGGAAGUCGAGGCCGACAUGAUCGCAAGAGCGACGGUCGAGACCUUGGCGUUCUGGGGAAUGUGCCCCGUCGCCGGGCCCAAGCUCAAAGCGCAGGGCAUCGAUGUGCCGUGUGACGCGAGGAUGGAGUACGAUAUGGAUCACAGGGGGAGGAAGGGGGAGAAGGUCAAGCAGAGCAAGGGCAGCAGCAAGAGGAAGAAGGGCAAGCAGGGCAAGGGCAGUACGGAUGCGUAG